ACUGGAUCUGAUCAUGGGGCUUCUGUCGUCAGGGUAGUUCAAACUUGAACAAGUUUUGAUUGGAAAGUCUGAGUUCCUUUUGUGAGCACACCAGUCUUUGUGGAUUUAAAAGCAUUUGAGCUACACUGAAGACACAGCAUGAUCCUCACUUCAGAUGAAAAGCUACAUUUUAUUUUUCACUUCUCUCUUGGUCUGUUGAGUCUGCUGCAGCUUACAGAAUGUGAGAAAAUUAGGUUGGUCGGACCUUCACGUUGUUCUGGCAGAGUGGAGGUCUUCCACCAAGACACCUGGGGAACUGUCUGUCAUGAUCAGUGGAGCACUGCCAAUGCUGAGGUGGUGUGUCGAGAAUUAAACUGCGGGACAGCUGUGGAGGCCAAAAAACGUGCCUUCUUUGGACAGGGAAAGGAUGAGAUCUGGCUGGAUGAUGUACAGUGUACCGGGCAUGAGUCUUCCAUCCUUAAGUGUCAACACACACCAUUUGGGCAAAAUAACUGUGGCCAUAGUGAAGAUGCAGGAGUGAUCUGUUCAGAACAUGUGCGGUUUGUCAAUGGAACCAGUCGUUGCAAUGGCAGAGUGGAAAUCUACCACAAGGGUAACUGGAAACGAGUUUGUGACAAUGAAGGCCAUAAAAUGGCUCAGGUGGUGUGCCGAGAGGCUGGCUGUGGCAAUCCUGUCUCUCAGACUAAAACACUGUACUUUGGGGAAGCACGCGAUCAGUCUGGGGUCAAAACCACCUGUUCAGGAAAUGAGACCUCUAUCUCACAGUGCUCAACUGCAGAUUUCAGUGAAAACUGUGUUGAUGCUACUGUUGUCUGUGCAAGCCGCCAACCCAUUCGGCUGGUGAACGGGCCUAAUCGCUGUUCUGGUAGAGUGGAAAUCUACUAUAGUGAACAAUGGGGAACGGUCUGUGAUGACAAAUGGGGGAUGCAAGAAGCAAUUAUCGCAUGCCAUGAGAUGAACUGUGGGAAUGCUCUUGAAGUCAAGCACAAGGCUUACUUUGGGAGAGGUCAGGAUCAGAUCUGGUUGGGAGAGAUUGAGUGCACUGGUCAUGAGAAGUCCCUUGCUGACUGCUCUCACAGAGGUUUUGGAGAACAUCACUGUGACCACAGUGAAGAUGCUGGUCUUGUGUGCUCAGAGACAGUCAGAUUGAUCAAUGGCACUGAGGGCUGUUCUGGCAGAGUGGAGGUUUUCCACGAUGGCCGAUGGGGGAAAGUUUGCAAGAAUAACUGGGGCCUUAAAGAGGCUGCAGUUGUGUGUAAGGAGCUCAACUGUGGAGCUCCCAAAAAAUCCCAAGACACCUUCUAUUUUGGUGAGAGCUCACUGCGAGGGUUUACAAGUAGAUGCUCUGGUAAUGUGAGCUCUAUCAGCCAAUGUCAACUUCAAGAACACACAGGAUCAUGUGAAGGCGUUUCUAUUGCAUGUGCAGGUCAGCCACCCCUAAGGCUUGUGAACGGCUCUGACCGAUGCUCUGGCCGAGUGGAGAUUCUACAUGACGGCCAGUGGGGAACAGUGUGUGAUGAUGAGUGGGACCUCAGAGAUGCUCAGGUGGUGUGCAGAGCCAUGGACUGUGGAACACCUCAAGCAGCCAAAUCUGGCGCCUUCUUUGGUGAAGGCCAAGGAGUGAUCUGGCUGGAUAAUAUGAACUGUUUGGGUAAUGAGACAUCCCUCGUGGACUGCAGUCAUCGCUCUUUUGGAGAAACUAACUGCGGUCAUCGUGAAGAUGCAGGAGUGAUUUGUUCAGCUACCAUUCGACUGAUCAGUGGGACUGACAUGUGCUCAGGAAGGGUGGAGGUCCGCCGUGGUGAACGCUGGUCACCAGUAUUUAAUGUUAACUGGGGAAUGAAUGAAGCUACAGUGGUGUGCAGAGAGAUGAAUUGUGGAGAUCCUGUCAAGAUCUCAGGGUCAUUUGGUCAAGGUGGAGGUCUGAGAGGGGAUGAGAUCCACUGUAAUGGUGGAGAGAGCUCUCUCACACAGUGCACGCAUAGAGACUAUACCAAAUCUAUCACUGAUCAUAUUGAAGAAGCCUCUGUGGUAUGCUCAGGAAACGUGAAAUUAACUGGUGGAUCCACUCAUUGCGACGGAAGAGUAGAGAUUUAUGACAAAGGCCAGUGGGGGACUGUGUGUGCUGAAUCCUGGGACAUAAAUGAUGCAACAGUGGUGUGCAGACAGUUGGACUGUGGGAAGCCUCAUGAGCUUAUUGAGGCUGGUCCUGGUACAGGACAGACCUGGACUGAACAAAUUGAAUGUAAUGGAAUGGAGUCUACAUUGACUGAGUGUUCACAAAGCCCAUAUCCAGACAGAACUUGCAACACCGCCGUAGUUGCUGGUGUUUCCUGCACAGAAAGCUUGGCGGUCCGGUUGGUUAACAGUAAUGAUGAGUGCUCUGGAAGAGUGGAGGUCCGUCAUGGUGACCACUGGCAGACAGUAUGUGACACAGACUGGACUCUAAGUAAAGCUGAAGUGGUGUGUGAGUCGCUGGAGUGUGGACAUGCUGUGAAUGCUCCUGGUGGUGCUUUUUUUGGCCGAGGCAGUGGGUCAGUGGUGGAGGCUAGCAAGUCAUGUUUCGACAGCAUGAGUUCUCUUCAGCAAUGCUCAGUCAAGGGCUUUAUAAGAGCAGCCUGUGGGCAUGAACAUGAUGCUGGCGUUCUCUGUGCAGCACAAAUCCGGUUGGUGGAUGGAUCAGGUGAAUGCUCCGGCAGAGUAGAAGUCUUCUAUAAAGGACAGUGGGGAACUGUUUGUGAUGAUGACUGGGAAAUGAGUGACGCUGAUGUGGUAUGUAGACAGCUUGGUUGUGGUCGUGCCAUUUCAGCACCUCUAAGUGCCCAUUUUGGUGGCGGCUCUGGUCCAGUAUGGCUGGAUAAUGUGGAGUGCUCAGGCCAAGAGGCUGCUCUUACACACUGUUCACAUGAUGGUUUUGGAAAAAGUAACUGUGGGCACGAUGAAGAUGCUGGCGUUGUCUGUUUAGGUGGUCAACAGAAGCCCAAAAUCACAAUAAGCCCUGCUACAGAAGUAAACUGGGAAGACAGAGUUGAAAUGACCUGCACUAUAGUAACAGAACACAUGGGUGGAACGUUUCUCCUGAAAAAGACCCAAGGGUCAUUUCAAAUGGAGAAAUUCUCAGAUCACGAGUCUGCAACCUUCAUCUUUCCAAAAGUGGAUUUUAGCCAAAAAGGGUCAUACUACUGUGAAUAUCAAAAGAAACUGGCCAAUCAAGUCAUCUACUAUCCUCAAGGAAAUGCUGCUGACCUCUCUGUUGUAGUUAAACUGGAAAAGCCCAGCAUCUCCCUGAUGUCUCCCCAUACACAGGAACUCUACAGUCCUGACACAAUAUCAGUCCCACGAGGCAGCACCUUCUCUGUCACUUGCUCUGUUCAUUCCAAGUACCCUGGAGGUGUCUUCUAUUUGACACAUUCAAACACGAACACUACAGAAACAAAGUCAGCGUUUGGCCACUUGACCUCCUACGUGGCCAAUUUUGAGCUCUCUGCAAUAGGUUAUGAACAGCAAGGAGGGUAUACCUGUCUCUACAGUGUAAACAUCUACAAAAAGUCCUUCUAUUCAGUUCAUUCCAACACUCUCUAUAUCACUGUAAUAUGAACCAUUUAUAUGGUUGUUAUUUGUAGUUUUCUUGCUGACGAUCAGUUAAUCAAGUGCAUUUAAUUAGCAGCACCUGGCUACUUCUUAGCCUCUUAAUUCCUGUGGAAGCAGUAAAAGUGAAUGUUUUUCACACAGUGCUUCUGCAUUUUGGGUUAGCUUUUGUUAAAUAAAUGGAACACAGUGUAAUGUGCCAUGUAUUGCUGUUCAUCUGAGGCUGUCUUUAUAUCUUAAAUCUGUUGUGGACCAGAAGAUUUUUUUUUUAUUGAAAGUAAUAGCCCCUUAAACCAAAUAACUGAUAGUAUCACCCUCGGCAGCAAGAAUUGGAAUCAAGUGUUUACGAUAACUGGCAAUGAGUCUUUCCCAUCACUGUGGAGGAAUUUUGGGCCAUUCUUCUUUGUAUAAUUGUUUUAAUUUAACCAUACUGGAGAGUUUUCAAGCAUGAAUGGCCUGUAUAAGAGCAGAAUUUGUGGUUUCAUCAAUUAUGGCAAGUUUUUACAUCAGAGUUGUCCACACUGGAGUAAUUUUGGUGGGCAAGCCAUUCCUGGGAAGGUUCACCACUGUUCCAAGUUUUAUCCAUUUGUGGAUGAUGGCUCUCACUGUCACCACCGGGACCUUUCUGUGUGGAGUUUGAAGGUUCUCCCUGUGUUUGUGUGUUUUUUCCCUGGCAGUAAUCAGUCAUGGGUGCAGUUAGUAAAAUUGAACUCAGCUUUCCAAAAAGAUGUGGUUGAUCACAGUUAACCCAUGAUUUAACUUAGAGCCAAGUAGGUUUGAUAGCUUUUGUCCUUUAAUAAAGGAAACCAUCAUUUAAAAACUGCAUUUUGUAUUUACUUAUGUUAUCUUUGUUUAAUAUUAAAAGUUGUUUGAUAAUCUGUAACAUGUGUGUCAAAUAAUCAAAAAAUAAGAAAUCAGGAAGGGUGCAAAUAUUUUUGCAAUAAUCUAUAGCAUCAUAGUAAGCAGGGCCAGACUGCUGCUGGCUCCAACUGUUUACUUAUCUUAUAGGCAUGAAAGUGUGAAAUUGCUGUUUCUUGGAUGACAAUUUAAUUUUGGAAGUCUUAAUUGAUUUUGGUAUCUGCUAACAAAUAUCUAAAACCUUGGGUAGCAUUUUAUAAUUUGGCCUGUGAUUGGCCAGUGAUGGUGUAAUACCCAAGAAUAUUUACCUACGAAUGCUUCCCGGUAGAUAAACUAGAAUGAGGGAGUAACAAUUUUUCACAUGAAAGAAAAAAUAAAAAUUAUACUGUAAGUAAUUUUAAGUAGUGCAUAACUUCUGGGUAUUUUACAGGAAAGUAUACAAAAAUUAUGUUGUAAGUCAUUUAAGUAAUGUAUAAGCAAUUUUAAGUACUACAUAAUUUGAAGUAGUGUGUAACCUCAGGCAUUUUACAGUAAAGAAGAUAGAAUGCUUCCUCAUUUAACAAUGUAAGAUGGGCAAAUUUUCUUUAACAUUGCCCCAAAGGUAUGCACUAAUUAAAAUUACUUGGGAACUAU